CCCUUCUUACGUCUCUCGCCGUGUCAUCUUGUCCCCACCUCACCAUACAAGAGUGUUUGUCGACUCAGCUAUAUAUCAUUUCAGUGAAAUCUCCAUCCUUCCGGCGAUCGAUCUUCCACCAUGGCACACAAUUCCCUCUCCAUGCCUUCCGUGCCCUACUCCCGGCCUCAGACGCCUCACCCACAGCAUCAGGUCGGCUUCGUCGGACUGGGAGCCAUGGGAAAGCAUAUGGCGCUGAAUCUCGCUCAGAGUUUGGCAACGCAAAACAUGCCCUUGCCGCCUCUCAUGGUGUACAAUCGUACCGCUUCAAAGGCGCAAGAGCUCGCGGAUUCCUCAGAUGGCCUGAUCAAGGUCUGCGAGGACCUCGCACAGCUGGGACAGUGUUGCGACCUCAUCUUCACCAGUCUGGCAAAUGAUGCGGCUGCAGAGUCAGUCUAUGCUCAGCUUCUGCAGGGAGAAGAGAAGCGCAACGGUACAAAGGAGGACAGACAUUCGACUUUCAGAGUCGUAUACGUUGACACAAGCACUCUCUACCCCGAGACCUCUGGCAAAAUCGAGCGGAUGGUGUCCUCGGUCCCUGGGCGUGCCUACGUUCAAGCGCCAGCCUUUGGACCACCACCAAUGGCCAAGGAGGGGCAGCUGGUCUUUGCAUUGGCCGGUCCGCACCAAUCCAAGAAGUUUGUCGCCCAGUUCCUGGUCCCUGGCAUGGGCCGCAAGAUCAUGGACUUUGGUUCAAAUUGUGAAACAGCAUCGUCGUUCAAGCUCAUCGGCAACUCGCUCAUUCUCAGCACCAUCGAGAUGCUGUCGGAGUGCAUGACCUUGGCAGAGAAGACGGGCUGUGGUGCAGAACGAUUCUCUGAAUUUGUCACCGAGUUCUUCCCUGCGCCAUCCGCAAUCGGUUAUACCAAGAAGAUUCUCGAGCAAAAGUUCCUGUCCGACGAGGGCUUCUCUCUCAAUGGCGGGAUCAAAGAUGCUUCGCACAUACAGCGCCUGGGCGCCAGUGUGGACUGCCCCAUGCCCAUCGUAGACAUUGCCAUGUCCCACCUGAUCUCUGCCAGAGCCAACUCGAAUGGCAGGGAUCUGGACUGGAGCUCCCUUGUGGCCGGUCAAAGGAUUGCUGCAGGAUUGCCGCCCUUCUCGAACAAGGUGGGGCUGGAGAAGUGGGGAAGCGCAAAGGGAGGAGCAAGCGCGGGCUCGUCGAAGAGUGGAGAAGAGCAUAAGCAAUGAGUGAGACACCAGCCGGCAAAUAUGCUGUACGCCUGACUCGCAAGGACGACAUAGUGAUGGUCUCGUCUUCUGCUCAGCAGUCGGAUUCGUCUUGUUUUCCAAUGACCAUCGACAUUAUUCGGAUC